AUGGCUGAACAUUUGGAGCAUAGAGCCUGGUCAUCCAUGUUCUACCCCGGUGAUUUUGCGAUGCCUUGGGUUGGCAAAACCCCAACCAUCGAUGAGAGGCGGCGGUACAUGGCCGCAUACCUCGCGCGGAUGAUUCCAUGUGUAGGUAAAAAGCCAGGCGACUACGAACAGGAACUCCGCCAAAGCGCCCAGAAGAAGGUCGUUGCCAAGUACGUUGCGGACGGCACAGCCAGCAUGAGGGAUGGCACCUUUGAGUACCUGGUCGACUUGGGCAAGAUGCACCCAAACAUGCCCAAGUGGCCCUGGACCCCUCCAGCCGAGGACCCUGAAGGCAAGACAUCGUCUACGUUUGCCACUCUGACCAGCGACAACGAGGUCAAGGCCAUGGCAACGAGAUGGCUGGCGAAGCGUGGGAGAGAGACGCCGCCCAACGAGUCUUCUGAGCAAUCCGACCUGUCCAAUCUUUUUCUGGUAUUCGCACAGAGGUCGUCGGAGCCGACAGGAUGCCAGUCGAGACAGUGGUAG